UGAAAAUGUUUUAGACGCAACUAUCCUCAGAAAACUACCGCCACUCAACGUCGGAGGCGUCGCGAACGUUAUUAUUGAUAUUUUUUUAUACGUCAACAACCGCUGGACUAAGUAGGACUGGGACAAACUGGCUACUGAAGUUACGUUAAGUUAGGUUUGUGGACGCGAAGUUACUCUUUCACCCAGUUUCUUGUUUUUCUUCCCACCGUCCCGGGGAAAGAGUUGGAGGAAGGAAGGAUGGAAAUAAGUCAGAUUUGAAGCAAGGGAGUUGUCAUGUUUGAAAGCGCUGAAGGCUGAGGGAAAGGGAGGAACUUCUUCUGCCGUGUGUGUCCCAAAAAGACGACUGUCUCAUGUCCAAGGAGACCGUCCUUCCUCCGGAUGAGCCGGCAGGGCCAGGCAAGGGCCCCCAGCAAGAGACAAAUCCCCUGCUGUCAGACUCACACGAUGCUUGUGACAGUGAAUCAUCAGGAAGAACACCGUCUCCCAGGAAACCAGCCACUGAAGGACAAAGUCACGUGACAGAUGAGAAGCCUAAUUAUUGCGAGCCUGUAAGAACUCAACCUCAGUCUGAGCCUCAGCCAGUGUCCUCGGAGCCUGUCGAGGGAGACGCUGCCAAGGACAAAAAUGGCUUUCGCCACAACAGCACUGGCACGCCCGCGCUGAGUAAUGGCAGUGGAAUCCACCCUGGCAUCGGCGGGGCUGGGGCCACGCGCAUAUGCACUUGCGGUGCCAACAUCAGCAACACGGGCGUCAUGGGUGGGUCAGGCCCUGGCACAAGAGUAGUGGCGACUGCGCCGACUACAGAGCAGCCCAGGAAGCAGCCAUCCACACCUGUGUCGCAGAGGAUGCAGAGGAAACUGAGGUCCAGCUUGUCGGUCAACAGUGACAGCAGCAGACGCAGCAAAGGCAGUUCUACUGGGUCACAGAAAGCUCCUUUACCAGAGGACUGCUGCGUCCACUGCAUCUUGGCCUGCCUGUUCUGUGAGUUCCUUACGCUUUGCAACAUGGUGGUGGCGCAGGCCUCGUGUGGCGCAUGCACGUCAGAGGCGUGCUGCUGCUGCUGCUGCACCGACGACCUGGGCGAUGACUGCAACUGCCCCUGUGACAUGGACUGUGGCAUCAUGGAUGCCUGCUGCGAGUCCUCAGACUGCCUGGAGAUCUGUAUGGAGUGCUGCGGCAUCUGCUUCCCUACAUAGGGAGGCCUGUACUGGUGAGGACCAGGGUGUCUCUGAGGGGGAUAACUGGACCCCACAAGAGAAUCUAGAAGGACACUGCUGCUGCUGUCACUUAAAAUAUAGCAGCAGACAGAGGGAACAAGUGUGUGUGGGUGUGUGUAUGUGUGU